GUAGCAGUAACAGUAGCAGGUUUCAUAUGUUUCAACAUCCCCACUAUUGAAAUGGAUGGGCUGACUUGGUGAGCAUGCUAACUGUGGACUGUUUGCUGUGUAGACAGUUUUAUAGACAGGUAGAGAUGAGUCCAGUAGUCAGAGGGGUCUGUGAUGGGGCUUUAUAAUCACAAGACUGACUUGUAUCACUAGGGCUGAGUGUAGAUAGUAGCAAUCAAGCUUGAGCCUUUGUAGAUAAGAUGAGGAAUAUGAGAAACCAGCAAAACCGGCUCAGAAGUCAUGAUGGAGGAGAGAAGGCCCACUGAUUGUGGUGAAUUGGGCACCAAAUAAAGAAUGUGAACUAAGCCUUCUUGCUGUGGCUGCAUCAUGCAAGGCUUGUUCACACCUGGGGCUUCUGUCCUUGCCUGGGUGGCUCCUUCUGCUGAUAGGCCAGUACUUACCAACUUCAGACCUGCAUUUAAACCUCACAGUCUCUCUGGGUCCCUUUCUUAAAUAACUUCUGAAGGCUUAGUUUUCUGGUUCUUAGCUGGGACAAAAGCAGUUAUUUGUUGGAUGAAUAGAGGACAUACAACUUUUUGAUGGAAGCAAGAGUUUCAGUGAAAACACUGAAGUCUUAUGAUCAGAUCAGGAUGUAGUGUUUUCCCUGCACCAACUAUAUCCGCGUUUGUUGGAAGCUUGUUGGGAAUACAGAUUGCUUUUAGACAUAUUUUACCCCACCCCUAUGGAUUCACACUCUGCGUUCAACAGCGUCCCUCAGUGAUCUGCACGUGCAUAGUCUUGUAUUUAGUUAUCUAGUAUGGCAGGCAGAUAAAUGAGUAUCUGUCGAUGGCAACAACCUUUUAAACAAAGGUGCUAAAACUAUCAAAAGCAGAUCUCUUUAAGAGUUGUUUUGGGUAUUCAUUCAGAAAUGGUCUUUGUGUUGCCAGGCGCAAAAGAGACUCAGCCCAGUAUUGCUGGCUGUAGCCUGGGGAGUUUCCCCAAAGGUUUUCUACUCAGAGGAGACCAGAACCUUGACUUCUUACCCCAAAUCAAUUUCAGAAAGAGUUGCUGUGAAGCAAAACAGGGGUUUACAAAGAGGUAGCGUGGGCUGUGGAUUUAAAAGCACAUGUGUGUGUGUUGGGGGGCGGUUGUGUAUCUUAGUAGCCGUAUUGUGGUAUUUUAGCCAUUGAAAUUACAUCAUCCAAAGGGUAUAAUUUGCAACUGGAUUCAAUGAUUAAGCUAACUUCUUAAAUGGAGUUGAAAACAUAAGCUGGGCUACGUGUUUCUCUUGCAGUAUCUCUCCUAUAAUGGAACUGUUAACGUGGUGUCUGAGGUGUUCAGCUUUAGGGAUGAGAGAGUCAUCGCUGAUAAGGCCAAACUCAAAAGUCACGUAUGUUUUUUUCCUCAAGCGUGGCUCUUAGCUGUUCCAGCUCUCUUGGAAGGACCUCUCAGAAGAGGAUCAUUGUCUCUGCUUGCAAUCUUCGUAGCAGCACUGAUGUUAUCAGCCUGCUGAAACUCUUUCCCUCCUGCUUAUUUUCUUAGUGCUUUAGGAAUUCAUCCAACGUAUUUUGAUCAUACUCACCGCCUAACUCCUCCAGGGACACCACACCCUUCCCGCCAACCCAGCUUUGUGUCCCUUUUUAUUUUCUUAUUGAAGUCAUUAAGUCCAAUUUGUGCUGCCCAUGUACUCAUGGACAUGCAGCCUUCCAUUGCUUAACCUCUUUACUCAGCCACCGAGAAACAUAAACCAGAUCCUAGAGUGGAUGCUACUUUCCACGUUCCCUUUAUCCUUCCUGUCUUUCUAACCUGUUCCAUCAACUGAAAAACAGAAGUGUAUGUAGAAACCUUGAAGGCUCUGUUGUAGUAUCAUUCAAGUGGCUUCUUUAUGAAACGUGAUUUGAAUUGACUCACUCCAGGAUAGAUUAUAAAAUACAUUUUGGUACACUGUUGAGCACAUGAGAGACAUUUGUGAAUGAAUGCACACAACUUCAUUUUUCUAUAUUUUAAAAUAUAUUGGUAUUUAAUAACACUCAUGUAACAACUGAAGCAAUGAAUAUAUCAAAAUGUUAAUAUAAUAAUGCUUAAAAUUUUAACCCUUAUUUUUAUUUGUGAGUGUUUUGCCUGUAUGUAUGUCUGUGCAUGCAAUGCCUGAGAAGGCUGAAGAGGGCAUUGGAUCCCCAGGGACUGGAGUUAUGGAAGAUUGUGAGUGGCCAUGAGGGUGCUGGGAAUCGACCCCAGGUCCUCUAGAAGAGCAGCCAGUGCUCUUAACCACUGAGCAAUCUCUCCAGUCCCAAAAUACAUUUUUAUGAGGUUUCUAAAUACUGUUUAUCCUAAAACCAAAGCAUUCAUCCCUCUUACUUCAUAAUAGGUACAUUGUUUUAUAGGUCCUUAGCUAGGGAAAACAGGCUUACUAGGAUUUUUUUUUUUAAAAAAAAGCUGUAUAUUAUUUAUUAUAACAUUAGAAUUUUAGGGAAAAAAAGUUCUUCAUUCUUUGUGUAUACAGUUAUACCCCAUUGCUCUGAUUCCAGCUGCCUACAGAGAAACACAGAAAGCUACCUGUAUACUUCCAUGGCCUCCUUCCUUGUUACUGCGUAGGCAUAUAAGGGUGGCACAUUGGCCACCCUAAUAAAUUUCCAUGUAAAAACCAGUAUGAGCAGAAUGAUAAUAGAGGGUGUGAUGAAUAACAAGUGACCGGAUGACAAUCCUUCUGAUAGCUCUUUAUAAUUUGCUGAACACAAGAAUAAAUUCCCUCCCCAAACUUGAGAAAACAAAACCUUAAUAUUUUGUUGCCUUUCCAAACAAAAAUAAAAUCAACUAUAAACUGAAAGGAUUGUGGGAAUUUUCAGUGGAUUUGUUCAAAUUCAGAAUAGCAAAGGGGGAGGGGAAGAGAAGCCAUGAUGGGUCAGAUGAGAUGUAUGUGCCCCAGUGAGUUCUUUAGUUAGCUAGCAUGGUGGUAUCUGUGGCCGCCAUCUUGCAUUGACCAGUCAUGGCUGAAUGAAGGUAAAUAGCCUGCCAGUGUCACCAGGGAGUGGCAGAGCUACCCUGUGAUGGUCAGGAAGGCAUCCAUUCCAGCUCUGCAAGCAGUUCAGGAUCUUAAUGAAGACAGGGCAGCAGGAGAGGAACCAGAACCAAGACAAUUGAGAUCCCAUGGAUGUUCAUGUGGACAGCUAAUAUGAAAUGUAAAUGAUGUCAGUGUAUACUGUAUUGUGGUAAAAGUUUAGAAUAUCAUAGUCUUACCUUGUGAUUUGGACUUCAAAUGCUCAGAAGCACUCAAUUUUUGCACCACAUUUUCUUUACUCGGGCUUUUACUUUAAGGCCUAUAGAGCCUCCUAAGGAUGGUAUAAAGGAGUGAGAACAGAGUAGGAUCUUUCCCCAGCAUCUUCAGGAUGAGAAGAGCCGGGUACACAGAGGUUAGACCUGUUCACAGUGGUGUGCAACCCAGCUGGGAUGAUGCUAGAGUAACCAUGUUCUACAUCAGUGAUGCAGGAUGAGAAGAGCCGGACACACAGAGGUUAGAUCUGUUCACAGUGGCGUGCAACCCAGUGUGAUCAGGACUCUCCAGGACCCUCAAAGUGUUUCCACAAGAUGAAAACUAAUUUUAUACUAAUACUAAGAAACCCCCCCCCCCACACACACACACACUCCUCCCAAUGGUAUAGAAGUAUGUAGUAUCUCAGGAAGUCGUCAUUGCUAUGCUAGCAUGUGACCUUCUGUUUUCAAAAGCUUCCCAUUUUCAUGCUAAGCUGGUGAAUAUUGAUAGAAUUCAUGGAAACACAGCAAUUUGGAAGAGCUUAAGGCCCCCAUGACAAAAAGCUUUGGGGACUGCUGUUUCUGAUAUUUGAUGGGCUUUUGUCUGACACUGAAAACAGGUUGUAAUAAGCCCUUAUCAUCCACAUUUGUACAUGAGGACUCGAAGGUCUGGAGAAGUUAAGGGCUUGCUUAGUCAUUGGUGCUGUCAGAGUCUGAGCCUGGAUAUCCGGUCCUCGGCUCCUUUUCUCACCACGUGAUCAGGCACCCAGCCUCUCAGGGAAUUUCCAGGAAACACUGAGAUUUGAGCACUAACUUCUCAGAAGAACAACUUCUCUGAACCGAACCAUCCUCCAGGGCAUGCCUGUAAGAUCCUGUCCAGAGACACGGAGACAGAAAACACACCCCUGUGGUUUGCUGCCUUGGUCCACUCCCAAUGUACCUACUUUGUCUUGUGGUACAUGAAGAAUAGAACACUGAGCUGGGUGGUGGCGGCGCACGCCUUUAAUCCCAGCACUCGGGAGGCAGAGCCAGGCAGAUCUCUGUGAGUUCAAGGCCAGACUGGUCUACAGAGUGAGAUCCAGGACAGGAACCAAAACAACACAGAGAAAGCCUGUCUUGAAAAAAACAAAAACAAAAGAAAGAAAGAAAGGAAGAAAGAAAGAGAGAACACUGAUUUUUUGUUUUUAAUUUAAAAUAUUUCACUUCAAAAAUUUAACACCAUUAGCCACCCUUGAAAAUUUGGGUGACUAAGCUGUAUAGAUAGGUGUACCCAUAGAGCAGGUCAGCUGCAGCCUAAAUCUGCUGUUUCUGCUUCUUUUAGAAGUGAGUGGCUUCCAGUGUCCUCAGACCUCGCUGUUCCCUAUGACCUUAUCCACAGCUGUGUCCUUCACCUGUGUGUGGUGUCUCGGUUGGGAAUACCUGCUGGUGCUCUGUCUGCAGCUUCGCAUUGUCAGGCUGUCUCUCCUGCUCCCUCAGCCCCUGCUGUGUGUGCCUGAGGCCCUCCCUCAGUCACUAUCCACCAUUUUUAUCUAGGCCCGGACUCUCACUGCAGCCCAUUUGGGUAGCCUGGCUGGCCAGUGAGUCCCAGGACCUGUCUGCCUUCACGCCUGCAGUGCUGUUGGGCUUACAAGUGGCACCUUGCUAUUUUAUGUGGCUUCUAGGGAUUGAACUCAGCUCCUCACGCUUGAGCAGCAGACACUGGACUCACUGAGCCAUCUCCCGAGCUCUGCCGUCUUAACUUACUUGAAAAUCCAAAUGAACUGAUAGAAAUGUUGCAAAGGAAAAUUUCACUCUGCUUCCAAACUUGAGUGUAGUAAAGGCCCCUGGAAGUGCCGGCUAGAGAGUCCCUUCCUUACUAAAGCAUCACAUUCUGAUUCAUUAAAGAAAGCAGCUCUGCCAGUGAAUUAAUGCUUAUUUUUAAAUGUGCAGCCCAGUCUCUUUUUUAAGGGGAGUAGUGAAAUAAGCACAUUCCGCUCACUGCCCUCAUUUCGUGUUUAUUUUGGUACCGUCUAUUGUCCUCAUCAUUAUCGUGUCUGGACCCUUUUACAAAACUGGAAAUGCCUGUGAACCUCAGCGUGCAGCGUCAGACAGGUUCGAGAUGGUCAGCCAAAAGUACUUCUGUGGCCACAGCGUUUGGAAUAAAUGGAAAGGAUUGCAAAUAUUUAUGUUUAAAAUACUAUCACCCCAUUUCAACAGUAAGCAGCAUUUACCCCAAUUUCUAAAUAUAGAUCUGUCUCUUUUCUCCUUUUGCUUCACCCUGGAGAGUAAAUUGUUUCAUAGAAAUCAUAUCUCUAUUCUGAUUGCUCAUGGUGAAUGUCCUAUGAUUUACAUGUUUAGCAUAUAAUAACAGUAGAUAAUGGAAUGGACAGAUGGAAAGACCAAAAAUGCAUCAACUAUGGGUCAUGAUGAUUUAUUCUCUUCUUGCUCCAUGGGUUGUAUCACAGUUUCCGGUAAGAAUCUCCAUGCUUCCUAGUUUGAGGGUUAGCUGACAAAGGCGGUUUUUGUUUGUUUGUUUUCUUUCUAUGUGAGUAUAAACCCAAGUCUCUGUCUUUGUCUGUCUGUCUCAUUCUCUCUCUCUCUCUCUCUCUCUCUCUCUCUCUCUCUGUUGCACAGAAUAGCUCCCCUGCUUGCUGCCUGGAGGUCAGGAGGCAGGUUUCACAUCUACCUAGUUCAAAAUAAGCUGUCCAUUGAGACCGGGGUGCAAGAUAAAGCCAGAGUUGGAGAGUGUCUUCCAUGCUAAAAGCCCACCUCCUGGCUGUCAUACACGGCGUCAUUAUUUGGCCGUUAGGGAAGUCUCAUGUGUGACGGUAGCUUUUAGGCAAUGUCUGCUCUGAAGGGGGCAUCCAGCUCUUAACCUAUUGCUGAAAGAGAAACACCAUUGUCCAUUAAUACUACUGGAACGAAAGAUGAAUGGUGAAUCGGCCUUGAUCUGACAGUAAGCUUGACUUUGAUAGCUCAUCCUUUAAAAAGAUUCUUUUAUAUCUAUGAAAAAAAGCAUGACGUCAAGCCAGGGGGAAAACUGAUAUCAAUAUUUAAGCCCAAACUAGUAGGAAUUAAAAAAAAAAAAAGUCCCCUGUGAGAGAACUGAGAGAACAGCUUUUUUUUUUUUUACACGCAUAACUAAUUAGCUUGGGUUAUUAUAAGCUGUGCUGCUGUGAUAAUGUUUCCGGCCGUGGCUCGGGAUGCCUUGUUUAUGGUGCCUUCUCUAGGCCAGUCGCUCUUCGAAUGGGAAUUACAGAAAGCAGAGGGAGGAGAAAAAAGUAGUCUGGCCUGUCUCCUUGGUGUGGGGCCGCCUGAGACGUUGCUAUGCUGGAAAUGCUAGAGUACAGUCACUACCAGGUGCAGACCCACCUGGAAAACCCCACCAAGUACCACAUACAGCAAGCCCAGAGGCACCAGGUAAAGCAGUACCUUUCUACCACUUUAGCAAAUAAACAUGCCAGCCAAGUCCUGAGCUCGCCAUGUCCAAACCAGCCUGGCGACCAUGCCAUGCCACCAGUGCCGGGGAGCAGCGCACCCAACAGCCCCAUGGCUAUGCUCACUCUUAACUCCAACUGUGAAAAAGAGGCCUUUUAUAAGUUUGAAGAGCAGAGCAGGGCAGAGAGCGAGUGCCCAGGUAUGAACGCGCACUCUCGAGCGUCGUGCAUGCAGAUGGAUGAUGUAAUUGAUGAUAUCAUCAGCCUGGAAUCAAGUUAUAAUGAAGAAAUCUUGGGCUUGAUGGAUCCGGCCUUGCAAAUGGCAAAUACGUUACCUGUCUCUGGAAACUUGAUUGACCUGUACAGCAACCAGGGCCUGCCACCCCCGGGCCUGACCAUCAGCAACUCUUGUCCAGCCAACCUCCCCAACAUAAAAAGGGAGCUCACAGCGUGUAUUUUCCCCACAGAGUCUGAAGCAAGAGCAUUGGCUAAAGAGAGGCAAAAAAAGGACAAUCAUAACUUGAUUGAACGAAGAAGAAGAUUUAACAUAAAUGACCGCAUUAAAGAACUAGGUACUUUGAUUCCCAAGUCAAAUGAUCCGGACAUGAGGUGGAACAAGGGAACCAUUCUAAAGGCCUCCGUGGACUACAUCCGAAAGUUGCAACGGGAACAGCAACGUGCAAAGGACCUUGAAAACCGACAGAAGAAGCUGGAGCAUGCUAACCGGCACCUGCUGCUCAGAGUACAGGAGCUUGAGAUGCAGGCUAGAGCACAUGGACUUUCCCUUAUCCCAUCCACUGGUCUCUGCUCGCCUGAUCUGGUGAACCGCAUCAUCAAGCAAGAGCCGGUUCUUGAGAACUGCAGCCAGGAACUUGUCCAGCACCAGGCAGACCUGACGUGUACAACGACCCUGGAUCUCACGGACGGUACCAUCACCUUCACCAACAACCUUGGCACCAUGCCGGAGAGCAGCCCGGCCUAUAGCAUCCCCAGGAAGAUGGGCUCCAACUUGGAAGACAUCCUGAUGGACGAUGCCCUCUCGCCAGUUGGCGUCACCGACCCGCUGCUGUCGUCAGUGUCCCCAGGAGCUUCUAAAACGAGCAGCCGGAGGAGCAGUAUGAGUGCAGAAGAAACGGAGCAUGCGUGUUAGCGAGCCCACCCUGCUCUGCCUCUGCGCAAACUGCUUCCUCUCUUCUUCAGUAGACUCCAUAACUUACCUGAAGAGAUUUUCUUGAUAAUUUUCCUUUAAUAUGAAUUUUUCAUGCUUUAUCAGUAGCCCAGGAUAUAUUUUAUUUUUAGAAUUUUGUGAGCCAGACUUGUAUAUUCUAUUUUACAACUGCAAAGGCCUCCAAAGUAUUGUACCAUCAGCGUGCAGUAUCUGUGAACUGAUUUCUCGAAGUGUGAGCUUUCUGAGCAAGGGGACAUUUGCUUCAGAGAAGUGUCUGUCCGUUUUCAUUCAGGGGAAAACUAAACUUGGUGUGAGCUUUGUCUGUCUGUGACCUCCUUGGAAACUAACAUGUAAAGUUUAAUUACAUGAAUGUAAAGAAACCAAAAGAAGAAAACGAAGAUGAUGAUGAUAAAAAGAAAAAAAAGUGGAAAAGACAUCCAAGCCCUCUCCACGUCAUAAAUGCAUUGAUUCUCUGGUACUGCCUUAAAGACACAGGGUCCUCCCAGUAGCAGUUAUCUUUGUACUGAAAACUACUCAAAAGAAGAUACCUUCCAUAAAGACAAAUAUAUCAGUCAUUUUCAUGAGGAUUGUCUGGUUAGAAAAUGUAACUUAUGCUAACCCAAACUGAAGGGCGAUAUUAGACCGAGGCAUGGAACAUAGGACCUAACCUUUCUGGCUUUUAUUGGGCGCAGUUACAGUUUUCCUCAUAAAUAAGUGUGAUUCAAUUUUUCAUAAGAUGUGUUUUAUUUUGAAAUGAAAAUGAAUGUCCUCUCUGAGAAAAAUAUCAAGGAGCACCGGAAGUUUGCUUCAUUUUUCUUUUUCAUUUUUGCUUUUGAUAAAGAGCCGAACUGGGCGCAUUUCUAAUUGGCUUUACUAUUUUUAUUUUUAAAUUAUGUUUUAGUCAUUUUGAUGGUAUAGAUUCUUUAUUAUCAUCCUUUUUUUCAAUGUUUGUAUUAAUUUGUAAGAAUAUGCAUCUUGAAAUGGUGAGUUUUCGAUAUUUUUACAACUCACUGGUAGUUCUCGGCAUUCUUUGUACACCAUGAAAGACUACUUUUACGCAAGUCUUGUGUUCAAAGAGAGCUUUGCAAAUAUUUUGUAUAUCCCAGUAUCACUUGAAACUGUUUUUCAACACAUUUAAGGUAUAGUAUUAAUAGGUUAAAAACCAGGCUUUCUAGAAAAAAAUACUUACUUAUGCAUUUCUAGGAUAUGAAAAUAACUAUAUUCUUGAAGACUGAUAACCACAGCAUUUACUAUGCCCACAGUGGUCAUUUAAAUUGAGAUUUAUUUCAGUAAACUGGCUGGAUUCUUUUUAAAGAGGGAAAUACUGUAUUGGCAAAUUACUUGAUAACAAUGUUUAAACGAAGUGGCAACAUUGUAAAGUUAGUUUCUGUGCAUUACCUACUUGCGUAGCCCUAUGCAAUAACUGUAGAGUUACACGUAUCAAGUCUAUAUGUUUUAUACAGAUGAUAUAUAGUGUUACAUGCCAGGCUGCUGAAUGGAAUUUCUCAGUAGCAACCUAUGAUUGGAUAGUGAGUGGCAUAAAGCAUAUCCUUUCAGAAUGAAGUGCCUUAAAUAUCUCCGCCGUCUUUUUUGGACCAGCACUGACUGAUCUGUAAAGUAAGAAAGUUUCAAGAUGGUAUCUGGAGUGAAGAGAGAAGAUGUAGCAUGGUGCCUCUGUAGACAUUCUAAGAGCUUCCAAUUUCCCUUCAGAUAUUUUUAAUAUGAAAUAUAUUUUACUGACAGUGCCAAAUUCUUUCAUCAGAAAACCUUUUUCAGGAAGGUUUUUUUCUUCUUCUUUUUUUUUUAAAGUGUUUAAACGUCAAAUGUGAAUUGGUGAUGGGUGAUGGAGAGAUCCAGGAGGAGUGAUUGUCAGAUGGAUGAAUGGAUGGCUUUGGUGAGAAUUGUCAAGUGUGCGGUUCCCAUGCAUGUUGGGUAGUGCAAAUCCUUGGAAACACUGAUGAUGCUAUACAGUCUUGUAGCUUUAUUACUUAAGGGGGUAGGGAAAAUAAGUUCCCAUUCUUUCAACCUCCUUAAGUGUGUGACUUUUCCUAGAAUAGAAAUGCAAAUGUGCAUGAACAGAUAAUUGUACCAUAGUGUUCACCAAUACAAUCAUAGCAUUGUCUGUUUUUCUCUUCAUAUUUGUGGCGGGGGGAGGGAGGGCUGGAUGCAGAAAUUGAAGAUCGCAAUGCUAUGAUUCUAGUUUUUCUUAGUUGAUUCUGACAUUUUUUUUUCUUUUUAAAUAAUUGAACAAGGUUUCACAAGGUUGACUAACCCACGGCUGAGUGACUAUGGCCAAGGCAGAGCGACUUUCUAGAAAGCUUUGUUGGGAGAAAGUAUGGCAUAUUGCACCGCCCCCCUGAUUUGUAACCUCGUGGGCUUGUCAUCACAGCCUUCCCUAGCGCCUUCGUCAGAAGACACAGCCUCUGGGAGAGGCAGGCAAGCAAUUUGGAGGCUGCCACGGGGGGGUGGUUUUAUUUAUUUCUUUUGUGCCAGCGAGAAUGUGGAUUCUUUCAGGGACCGGUUAAGCUAAGAGGCAGUAUUUUUGCUCACUGUUCUUAAGGAAAGAAAGAUCCAUGCCACUCCCCCACCCCUGGGUGCAGAAUUGUGACUCAGGGUUGUACCUCCGUUUGGAGUGCUCAAUAUACCAAAAUUAUCUACCAUCCUCUGGGUAACAUAAUGGAAAUACCAAACCUUCUAACUUUGCCAAAAAACAACAACAACAAAAACUAC